AUGUCAAACACGCCCAUCGUUAGCGCGAGUGUCACAUGGAAUUCUGAACUCUACUUUGUUAGCUAUGUAUGGUGGUUUCGAUGUUAUUGUACCUACCUAAGCACAUGUAAUUUUGCCCUAAAUUUUGAAUGGGGAUGCAACUGA